CGCGACCGUUCGCAGGACAGGGCUGACCCUGAGCCGGGAAACAAAACAAGGACCAGGAAGGAUAAGGGUCAGGACCGUGAUGGUCACAUGUACAAGAACAACAACACAUCAGCCUUUUUUGACUUUCGUCAGAGUUCGUCACGCGCAACCGACGGUAUCACCAAGGCUAGUAAAGGCUUCCUCAGCAAGAUCACUCGUGGUGGGAGCAACCACGGCAAGCCCCAACCUGUCACUGACGAUGGAGACUAUGUUGUGCAGGUCCUUAACAAGGGCCUUGUUGAGCAGACGCGUCUGACACGGAUAGCACAAUCGUACGACGACUGCAAGGAUAAGACCGAGUUCUGGAUGCCCGCCUUGCCGUGGCGCGCCAUCGACUACUUGAACGGCAAAUGUGAAGAAGAAGGCCUAUACAGAGUCUCCGGUGGUGUAGCCAACGUCAGAAAGUGGAGGAGACGCUUCGACACUGAGCUUGAUAUCAACCUCCUGGAUGAGUCUGAUCUGUAUGACGCCAGCAUCAUUGCCUCUCUCUUCAAGGAAUGGAUUCGUGAACUUCCCGAGGACAUCUUCCCUAAGGAUGCUCAGCAUCGUAUCACAUCCCAGCUACCUAGUGAGGUCCCCGACAAAGGCUUCGUCCCAGAGAUUCUACGCCGCGAACUCCAGCACCUUCCGCCCUUCAACUACUAUCUUCUUUUCGCCAUCACCUGCCAUCUCAGCCUGUUGCUCGAGUAUCAGCACAAGAACAAGAUGACUCUGGACAACCUGUACCGUUGUUUCAACCAAUCGCUUAAACUCGAUGGCCGCAUCUUCUAUACUCUUGUUGGAAACUGGCGAUUGUGCUGGGCUGGUUGUGUCACCGAAAAUGAUUACCUUGUCAAGGAGUAUGACUACCUCAAGCAUCCUUACCCUCAGUUUAUCCAGGACAGU